GAGUUGAAGUCCAAAACACCUGGAGGGCCGAGGUUUGCCCGUGCCUACAGUAGAGGAAUUAGUCCUUCUUUUAGGGUCUCCUAGGAUGAGAUAAACUCUUGCCUAUCACCACUCUACUCAGAAACAGUUCUUCUUUUAUUAUAAGAAUUAAGAUACAGUACUUACAUUGGCUCAUGGAUAAAUUGACCCAGUUUUCUGAGUUGAUUUCUUGAAUAAAAUUUCUAGACUUAUACAUGAGUAUAUAAGAAAUAAGCUUAGCAGGGACAAUCUUGCAAAAAAGAAAAAAAGAAGUCCCGUUCUCAUUUUCUUUGAGUUUACAUCAGUUUAGCUGCUGUUCCCCCACCGUCCCUCCCGUGGGGCCGCUGAUCAGCCCUCAAGGGAACAUGAUGGGAAGUAUGGUCACGCUCCAGAGAGGCUCUUCUUCUGCUAAAACAGCAAGUAGUUGAGAGACCGCCCUUCUGAGGCUGCCUGGGCCUCACUGUGCCCAGCUAGCCAGGGGCUGGCAUGUAGUUGAGCUACCUGAAAGGAGGCCAUGGUAUCUGCUCUGCAUUACCUGCUUCUGCUCUGGCUGGGUUGUGGCGGAACAGCCAUCAAUGAGCAGGAGACGCCAGUGCAAGUUGUCGAAGUAACAGAGUCUCAUACAGUAAUUCUGCCCUGCCCUUUUGACCCUGCGCUGGCCUCGGAUUAUAUGGAUUUGACUUGGUCCAGUCCGUCUGGGGACUUGCUGUUGUACACAUAUGUUAAAUACCUUCGCUCAGAUGCAAGACUAGGAGACAUGUGGGGACUGUUGCUCUACAACACCUCCAGGCAAGAUGAUGUUUGGUUCACUUGUCAGUGGAAUGGCACCUUGGGAACAAACCACACACUCACAAACAGGACUGCAAGACAACCUGAAUUCUUCCCAUGUGAUGCCCCUGUGCCCAAUAACUGGACUGAGGGGUCCCUUUCCUGGGUUGAGCAGGAUUCACUAGCUCAAGAGACAGUGUUGGUGGAAGUGCAUAUAACGCAGUCUCCUUCUCAUAGGAUGAUCAUGAAGCAUGAUACCAUUUUUUUAAUCAUCCCAUCAGUAACCUUUAAUGACACUGGAAACUACACCUGUGAGUGGAAUGAGCAAAAACACCAUUUUCAGCUGAAAGUAACAGUGAAAGCAGGUUUUUGGCAAGCUUUUGGACACCAGCACUGGAUAAUCUGGACUGUGGCUGUGGGAUGUAUGGUCUUCUGUCUUGGCUCUCUCUUGUGUUUCCUGUGGCUCCGGCGUGUUACUCGCGCUCGUAAACAACAAAUGAAGUUGAGGUCCCCUGCUAGGAGAAGGUACUUUGGUGCUAAGAGGAACAAGGCACAUAUCUCCAAUGGGAUUGUGGCAUCCCCAGCAACUGAAGAUGCAGCAGAGCAAACGGAUGCCUUCUCCUAUGAGAAUGUGUUGCCAGACAAUGCUCCUGGAAGGAAUGGCCGAAGGUUACUUCAGAAAGGAAAGAUCCUACCCAAUACGAUCAACACAGAAGAUGAAGAAGUGUAUGAAUGCCCUGAUAGUGAAACAGAGCUCAAAUCAGAUGAUGAUGACAACUAUGAGAACACCCAGGAAGAAGGAACACAGGGAGAAACUGUUGUGAAAGAUGUUUCCUUAUAUGAAAAUAGAGGCAGCAAGGUGAAAUCUGUUUCUCACAAUUCGGGCUCAGUUGAUGCAUGCUAUGCAAACAAAAGCCCAGAGGCUCCCAAGAUUCUGUCUCAAGGUCCAGUUGAUGAAGCUGAUGGUGAAAACUAUGAGAACUUGGAAGAGGAAUCUCCUCUGAGCCCUGGAACCUCACGCCUGAUAGCAGGGUUACGCCUCCACCUGUCACUGGACCCUCACAAUGAUAGGCAGGAUGUCUGCAGUGAGACUUCUACAGGCUCCCAGUCCUAUGAAGAGAUGAAUGGGUCCUUGUCCCCCACUGCUAUCAAGCCUCUUCAUCUGCAACCCAACACAAGCAAUGAGGAAGAUGCUGAUUCCUAUGAAAACAUGGAAAGCCCAAACGGCUUCAAUUCGCGCAAUGAAGGCAACAUAGAUCCACGUGGUGAAGGCCUUGCCGUUGGCUCCCCGUGGCAACAUCUGUCCAUUGCUUGCAGCGCUGAAUUUAGAGGAGGUCGGCUGUGCUCAGACUAAAUCUAGAGAAGGCUUGGGACCAUUUGACCACAUUGUAAUGCCUUUCUCAAGCCAAGAAAGUUUAUCUCUGAAUUUGGAAGAACACAGAUUUUAUUGCCUUCACUCUCAAUUCCCUUGAACCAGAGGAUUAUGAAGGUCAUUUAAUGCUAAAAGAAGCGUCUGGAAGAUUGGACGUCUAGUUUUGAACUCUGAGUUUGACUCAAGCGAUGGACCAAUAAGCAAUCUAUAUAUAUCUGAAUGGGAAGCAGAAGGGUUGGCGACAAACAGAUAGUCUCCUUUUGUUUUUUGGAGAAUUGAAAGAGGAAGGAGAUUGCUUUUAGUGGUAUAGAUAAGGGGGGGGGGGAGGGGGUAGAGUACAAUCAUUUCCGGCCAAAUCGUUUUAAAAAAAUCUGUUUAUAGUUGAAUCUGAACCAGGAUUUGUGGUCCUCCAACUGCUGGAGCUGAAUCACAACAUCCUUCAGACUCAGACGUGCCCUAUAUCCCAGGAUCUGAUCCCAGAUUAUAUGCUUAUCCCAGAUUAUCUGGCAGGCUAGACUCAUAUAAUCCAGUUGGCAUAUAGGGCAGUGUAGAUCCAGCCUUAGGCAGUAUUGCAAGUGGUGAGGGAUGAUAGGAGUCACAGUCCAACAGCAUUUAGAGAUACAAAACUGAUCUAACUCAUAUGUCAAACUCAAGGGCCUGCAGGCUGAAUGUAUCCCGCCAUGUCAUUUUAUGUAACACUCCAGCUGCGGGACUACAAUUCCUGUGUUCCACAUCUUUAGGCAUCAUGAGAUGGGAGUUGUGAUACAAUCACAUCUGGAAGGCUGCUGUUUGUUCUGUUUAGUCAGGAUAGUAAGGUUUGAAUUUAGAUACAAGGUUUCUAGAUAUGACGUUGGGUUGCAACUCCUGUUAUUCCCAGUCUGCAUGGCGGAUAAUCAAAAGUGAUAGGAAUUGUCAUCCAGUAACACCUGGAGACCCAAACUGGGUAAAAUCUAAAGAGCAUUGGCCAUUAUGUUAAAACAGUGGUUCUCAACAUGUGGGUCCCCAGGUGUUUUGGCCUACAACUCCCAUAAAUCCUAGCCAGUUUACCAGCUGUUAGGAUUUCUGGGAGUUGAAGGCCAAAACAUCUGGAGAGUCACAGGUUGAGAAGCACUGCAUUACAAAAUUAUAGUUGGCCCUCUGUAUCCAUGGAAUCAAUGACCCUUUGAAGGCAAGCAUAACAUUGCUGUCAUCCUCGAUGAAAAUAAGGUUGACACCCCUGAUCAAAGUGGUCAGUGGUUAAAGUGGUGACUCUGAUAAGUUGCACUCUUUGACUAUAUGUUCAAACUCAGGAGCAAAUAGUUUUUUCUUUGUAUGUGUCAGGAAUGACUUGAGAAACUGGAAGUGCUUCUGGUGUGAGAGAACUGGCCGUCCGCAAGGACGUUGCCCAGGGGACGCCCGGAUGUUUUACCAUCCUGUGGGAAACUUCUCUCAUGUCCCUGCAUGGGAAGCUGGAGCUGACUGACAAGAGCUCACCCUACUCCCCGGAUUCAAAGGUUUAACCCAUUGCGCCACCAGGGGCUUAAUGAUAAAAGGAUGCUGAUUGGCUCCAAUAGCAAUUGUGAAGUUAGCUUUCCCUAUCCUAUCUGGCUGCGUUGAGUGCUGAUUGAGUGUUCUCCAUGACAAACAUGAAACUACACUCACUAUCCUUGAUCUGAAGCAUAAUUUCAAGUAACAAAAAGUUUUGUUUUUGUUUUUGAAAGCAUGUGAAUAACCGUUUCGCCUAGAAAACAUCACAUUUUUCAAAAGCCAGAAGUCACAUGAGAUUGGGGUAAAGAGAGGCCAAAUCGGCCUUUCAAGGAAUUAUGUCUGUGGGUUUGUCUGCACAAUUUAAUACAUUUUGACCCCACUUUAAUUGCCAUGAUUCAAUGUUUUCAAUCGUCCGUCUUCAGAGACGUUGCUGAGGAAACACCCGGAUGUGUUACCAUCCUGCGGGAGCUUCUCUCAUGUCCCCACAUGGGAAGCUAGGGCUGACAUACGGGAGCUCACCCCGUCUCGUGGAUUCGGACCGCCAACCUUCAAGUCAGCAGUUCAGCCGGCACAAUCCAUUGCGCACUGCGGCUCCUUUUGGUGAAGUACAAGAGGAAACUAAACACCUCCCAGUAUUCUACUGCAUUGAACCAUGACUGUUAAAGUGUCAUUUACUCCAUUUAUUAUAUAAUGUGGAUGCACCCUAAAUCUUUGGGAAGGUAAUGUUGCAAGGAAUGUGAUCUUCCACACAACAGAAAAAGAAACCACAAGUAUAUAUUCUCAUCAGCACAGCUAAUGGAAACAAAAAAAGCAUGGCAACAACAGAUACUUAAGUGUUUCUCUUCCAAAUUAUCUUCAAGACUGAGCAGGAAGAACGGAAAUACAGUUGACUGUCUCCACCUUUUUGAUUGUUUCAACUCUAGAAUAUGUCUGUAUAUUUUCUGGGGGAAAUGAGUUACUGUACCCUUUUGUUUUUCCUCUUUGCAGCUUGCUUUGGCAGCUCCCAUUUCCUGUAAAACAAAAUAAAUAACACUCUACACUAAA